AUGGCGCCCUACUCCAGACCGGACCAUGCAGAAAUUCCAUUGGGAUACGCUCGUGCGACUGAAAGUUCGUCGGACUGGGUUCAUGGAGUAGAGGGCGACGGUCGCAAUGGCCCGGAUUCUCAGAUCUACCUUACGCCUUCACCAGCCGCUGAACACUUUCCACAACAGUCUGAGACUAUGCAUACCACACCGUCUCCUGAAACAAGGUCAGCUACGUCUUCGCAUGUCAAUCGGGAGAGAACAGAAGUUGAGAGAGAAAUCGAGCGCAAUGACGCAGAAAAGAAUUCACUUCCAGAUGACAGUGGCCCCACAGACCUUCCCUAUUCUCAUUUAAUCGCGGAAGCUCUGAAGACCGCUCCUGACAGGAAGCGUACACUUCAAGAGAUCUACAGCUGGUUCGAGCAAAAUACAAGCAAAGGGAGAGAUCAACGCUCAAAGGGAUGGCAGAACAGUAUCCGGCACAAUCUCUCAAUGAAUGCGGGGUUUGAAGCCGUGAGGGUAGAAUCUCCCAAUGGUAAAAAGGCCGUGAACUACUGGCGCCUCACGGACGAGGCAUACAGGAAAGGCAUCCAGUCGACUACCCGGUACAGGAAGCAAGCGAAUCAUAAGAGGCCUUUGGGCUCGGAUCCGCCGGCUCCCCAGCGCCAACGAUCUGGGGCCAAAGGAGGGAAGGCGAACAAGAUUGCAGCCAAGUAUCGCGGCCAGAUGUUUUUGACGACAGGAGACCAGCAGGACGCUGCACAAAGGGAACGACUGUAUCUGCAUCCCGCCCCUCUGCAGCUGCAGCAGCAGCUACCGUCACAGAUGGUGAAUCGCCCUCCGUACCUUCGCGCAGCUACUUCUGUGGCGACAGUGUCACCAACCCGUGCGUCCGGUCCGGCCACGCUGAUGCAUCGACCGUCAGCGGAACAGUACAAUUUGGGUAGCGUUAUUGGCUGCACGGAGGCCCCCUCCCUGUACCCCUAUGUUCUAUGA